UUUUCUCUGAGUUCACUUUGGGCUGCAGAAGCAGAACAAGCAUCUAACUCUGAUGGUAAAACACUGAGGCUGCAGUGAACUUUGAGCGUUCAAAGCGCCUCCUGCGCCUCCCAGUGUCCUCCGACAGAGUUCGGCUGAUAGUAUAAAACCCUCCAGCUGAGGCCGAGACUUCAGUCUCGUCUGAGCACUCGCCAAACCCGGGGGAGAGAGCUUCAACGAGCCCGCCAUGGGGGACUCAAAGCUCUGCCUUCUGCUGCUCCUCAUUACACCAGCCUUGGCUUUUGCUCAAGAUGAAGAUCAACCAACCUGUCUGCUGGCCCAAAGAUACAAGACCCUGCACAAGUAUGAAUACCAGUAUGAAGCUGAGUCUUUAAAUGCCAUCGAUGGAGCCUCACAGCUCAAGAACGGACCCAAGGCUUCCUGCAAGGUUGAAGUCGAAGUGCCACAGACGUGCAGUUUCAUCAUUCGCACCACCGGCUGUAAGCUGAGUGAGGUGGUGGGCACGGACGCAGAGGGCAACCCUGAGUUCGGUCCUGCUUCCAGCUCCGACGCUUUCGCAGCUGAGAUGGAAAAGCAUCCUCUGAAGGUUGUAGUUGAGGGCGAGUAUGACGUGAAACUGUACCCCGAGGAUGGCGAGACGACAACGAUCCUGAACUUCAAGAGGGGAAUUGUUUCUGCCCUGGCUGUGCCUCUGUUGGAGGAAGACAAGAACAAGAACAUGCCUACUAUCCAUGGCAAGUGCAGGACGUACUACACUGUUAAUACCAGAGAGGAUAUCGCCACCGACGUCAGCCUGAACAGAGAUCUGUCCAGAUGUGACAAGUUUGUGCCGAUAAGAGACUACAGCAGUCCUCUGGCUCUCAUCACUGGCAUGCACUACCCCCUGGCUCAGAUGAUCAGAAGCUCCCAAACCUGCAACUACAAGUUUGACAAUGAAAAAAAGCACAUGACUGCUGGUUCCUGCACCGAGAACCACAUCCUCAUUCCCUUCUUGCACAAAGGAAAAUACGGAGUAACAAAUAUUGGAAAGCAGGAGCUGACUCUGGUUUUGGUUUCUUCUCACAAUGACAGAGUGUUUGACCACGGUGGCAUUGCCAAGAAUCUUCACAUGGAGGCUGUUGAGGACAAGAGUGCCGUCCAGGAUAAAGACUCAUUUCUGAACCUCAUGAGAGAACUGUUCGCCCUCCCCGAGGCCGAAGGCGAGAGGAGACCCCACCUUUUCCACUCGCUCGUCUCCGUGGCGCGUGGGAUGAGGGCCGAAACCCUUAGGGCCGCCAUUCCAGAGGCCACUGGCAUAUGCCGUGCCCUGACCUACCAGAUUCUGACCCAGUGUGGAACCCCAGAGUGCAGCAGUGCCAUCAUGCAUAUCCUCCGAACCUUUGACAAAUAUUCGCCGGAAGUUGAUGCUGCCGUUUUUGCACUGGGAUUCAUGUCCAACCCCUCCGCUCUCCUGAUCAACGACUUGCUCGAGAUGGCCAAACACAAGCCCAACAGGCCCAUCAUGUAUGCUCUUAGCAACGUUAUCAAACGGUUUUACCAAGCAGAGGGAAAAGUAAUUCCUGAGAUUCUCUCUGUUGCGGAGUUCAUGGCUUCUCAAUUGGGCGACUGCACUGGCGAAAAGGACCAGACUUUCAUGACACUCAGGGUGGUCGGAAACAUGGCUCCAGCUGUGGUUCCUGCCAGUCCUGCGCUCCGUACUGCCGUGAUCAAUUGUGUGAAGCAACCAGCAGCCUCCCAGGAAGUGCAACAAGCUGCUAUUCAAGUGUACCGGCUGAUUCCAGUCCCUGAUGAAGCAAGAAAGGUGUUCAUGCAGGUGCUUUUGGACAGUAGCAACUCCGUGCAAGAGCGAAUCGCCGCAUACCUGGUACUUAUGAAGGAUCCACAUCCAAGAGAGCUCACCCAGCUGAAUAAAGUUUUGUCCAGUGAGGAGAACAACCAAGUCAAGAGCUUUGUAGUCUCCCACAUCAACAACAUUCUGUCCUCAACCGAAACUGAGACCCAAGAAUUGAAACAGAAGAUUCAGGAUGCCCUGCAAAGCAAUGAAAUUGACUCCGCCACAGACCCCAUUAACUUCUCUCGCCACUACAAGAUCGGGUCUCUAGAGGGCAACAUGAUCUUUGAGGAAGUUGGAUACCUGCCCAAGGAAGUCAUGCUUGAAUUGACUCUGAAGGCGUUUGGCUUUGAGAUUGACAUGUUGGAGAUUGGCAUAGAUGGCAAAGGGUUUGAACCAACAGUUGAAGCCUUGUUUGGACAGAAUGGGUUCUUCCCUGACACAGCCUUGAAAACGAUGUACUAUGUCUCAGAGAACAUGCCACGUGCGGUCACUGAUGUCCUGGAGAACAUCGUGCCUGCACUGAAGAAGAACAGGAUGAAGAGACAGACCUCCCAGAACCUUUUGAAAGAGAUUGGACAGAAUCUGGACAAAUUGGUGAAACAAGUGCAGAGUGAAAAGCAUCCAGAGGCAAUGGUUUAUCUCAAUCUCUUGGGGAAUGAGCUGGGGUAUCUGGAGACCCAAGAUAUUGAGGAGAUGAUCUACUGGCUUAGUGUGAGGCUUGAAAAUUUGUACAUGAGGUUCCCGGGAAAUAUAAUAAAGUCACUUAUGACUAACCCUGAUAUGGCAAUUUUUGCUCACUACAUCUUCAUGGACAACGAAUUCUUCUUGCCAACUGUCACUGGUGUGCCACUGAGGAUUGCUCUGUCUGGUACUUUCACACCUGGUUUUAAAGGUGGACUUCAGAUUGCCCGUGACAUGAGCUUCAGCUUUAUGCCAUCUGGUGGCGUUGAGUUUGUCACUCAGAUUGGUUCCCACAUUCCUGAAUAUGUUAACUCUGGAUUGGAGAUGCACACCAAUAUUUUCCAUGAGAGUGGAAUCAGAGCCAAAAUCUCCAUGGAAAAGAACCAAGCCAAGCUAACCAUUCCGGCUCCAACCAAACCUACAAAACUCCUUAAAAUGACAAACUCCUUGGUGGCCGUGACUGGGAUAGAAGUUAAGACUAUUCCUCCGCUGGUGAUGGAUAAAGUUGAUGUUAGUAAGUGUACGCCUGCCUUUGCUGGAAUGAAAUACUGCACAGCUCUGCAGUACGUCGACGCUUUCUCUCAUGACACAGCCCCUUAUUUCCCCAUCACUGGCGACAGCAAAUUUGCUGUGGAGCUCCACCCAACUGGUGACAUCACUGAGUACACAGUAACUGCUGCUUAUGAGCUUCUUGAGGAGGGAGACAACGGGCAGAAGGUUGAUUCUCUGAAGUUUAUCCUGAGAGCUGAAGGUGCAGACCCAACUGAGGCUAGAUUGGUCACAGAGUACAACAGAGGAAAGAACACCUUCUCAGCAGAUGUCCAGAUCCCUGACUACGACGUGGAGGCUGGGAUCAGGCUUGGUCUCAAUGAUGCAAACACCAGGGGCAAAGGAGCUCACUCUAUCUCACUUGAGUUCAUAAAUAAGAACAUCCCAGAGCUCUCCCUGGUUGGGCGUGCUAAUCUGAAGGCCAUGAAGGAAGGCAUGCUCCAAAUCCAAGUUCAGGUGCCUUCAAUGGCAGCCGAGUCCACGGUCACAGCUAACAUGAAGCGUGAAGAGGACCUGCAACUGGAACUUGAAAGUGAAAUCAAGAUCAUGGGCAUGACCACUGAGCAGAAAGUUGAAAUGAAAUAUGAUGGCAGCAAGAUUGAGGUUGAGGUAAAGUCUGAUAUGAACACCAAGACAAACUCGCUGCCAACUGGUGACUUCAUUGAGAAGUACGCCGAUGAGAUUCUCGACAUACAAGUGGGGCAGACUGACAUGAGGGUUCGUCACAUCUUCAAGAACUUUGUCGAGGCUGCAAACAAUUACAUGGACAAAUAUGGUGCUGAAGUGCUCCCUUACAUGAAGAACUUCAGACUGCCUGAUAUACCAGAGAUUUCCCUGCCAGAGACACUCUUCCUGAAUACCAAGGCAAAAGCUGUCUACCACUUCAACAAUGAGCAUUUCACAGUUAUAGUCCCACUGCCUCUUGGAGGAAAGUCAACAUCAGAGCUUAACUUCCCACCAGUUCUGAACAUAACAAGUUUGUCUUUUCCCCGGCUUGGGCUGGAAAUUGAAUCCAGAGAAAUCCCAAUCCCAGACCUUGUUAUUCCAAAGAAUGUCACGCUGUCUAUUCCUCUGUUUGGCAAAGCUGAGUUUUCAACAAUGAUGACCAGCAAUCUCUAUGACAUAGAGGCCUCGCUGGAUGCUGGAAAAGAUGUUGUCGAACCACCAAGCUAUUCAGCAAAGUUUGAUCUGAAAGGAAAUUCCCCAAUUGACAUACUCUCAGUAGCACUUGAAGGUUCUGGGAUGGUGAGCAUGAGUGAGUCCAUCAAGGCCCAUUUGAGAAGCUCUUUAACCCAUAAGUUUGUGGAAGCCAGAAUUAGCAUAGAAGAAGAGGGAACCAUCAGUGACAAAUUGAACUUGAAAUCAGUGAGCAAAAUAGAAGCCACAAGUCCAAUUGGUUUGAAUAUAACCAUGGAGCACACUGGUAUGGUUGGAAUCAACACUGAAGAAUUGUCUGGUGACAAUAACAUCGAGGGAUUGAUCAAGGUUGGACCAAUCUAUGGCAAAACCAUUUCAGCCCAGUCAUUUACCAUAUUCCCAUUUAAGUCAGUGGCAAAACUUGAUUCUCGUGUUGAAUUUGACUCCACAAUUCUUAAAGCCCAGAACACAAUUGCAGCAACCGUUGGUAAUGGUGAAUUCUCUUUUGCAUCCAACACCAAUGCCUUUGAAGAUGUCUUCACUCACUCCGCUGAACUUUCCUUUAAGGACAGCAAGUUCAGAAUGAAAUGUGAUGCAAAUGCCCUUGCUCCUGGUAUGAAGAUCAGCAACAAAGCUGAGGCCUCUGCUGGUGCUGGUGAAGUCAUGUUCAGAAUGGAGACCAAUGGCGACCACUUUAGUAACCGUCUUUACUCCUUAAUGGUUGCCUCUCUUGAUGUGAAUGGUCUGUCUUUAAACUGCAACGCCAACAUGAAGCUGCUUGAGAAUGAGGCCAGGCACAAGACUGUCCUGACACUGAACAAGGAGGGUCUGAGCACAAGUGGGACAACGACCCUCAAUGGCUUUUUGGUUUUAGAAAACACCUUUGAUGCUGGCAUGGAUGCUACAAGGGCCAUUUUGUCUCUUUCAAACAAGGCUGAAAUGAACAAUCUCAAGAUUGACAAUGCAAACAAUUUUACAAUGACUCUAUCUGGCCUUGACUUCCAGUCAAAGGUUAAAGCUAGUGCAACUGAGCACAUCUCCUACACUCAAAAUAUCAUCUUCAACCUAAAGCCCUACACUGCUUCUGCAAAUGUUGACAACCACCUGGAACUUCUAGGCAUCAGCUUCAUCAAUGAAGCACAAUUUCAGGCAGAGCCUUACAAGAUGGACCUAACUGGAAACAUGAAGGCCACAUAUGAUGACAAGGAGGAAAUCAAGCACACCUACCAGAUUAACUAUGCUGAUUUGAGCUCUGUUGCAAAGUGCAGCACUACUGGAAAACUCUUCGGCACUCUUAUGAAUCACAACACUGAACUUGAAAUUGUUGGUUUGGCUGCAAAGUUCACCAAUGAGGUCCGCUUCAACUCUCAGCCAAUUCGCUUCGACCACAACAUUCGCUGGAGUGCUGUUCCUUUUGAUUUCAACCUUGAUGCCAUCUUCAAUGGCGAUGGAGACGUGACUGUGUUUGGAAAGCACAGUGGUCAGUUUUAUGACAAAUUCCAACUGAGAGCACAACCCUUGGCUUUUGCCAGCUUACACGAAUGCAGAGCAUCGAUGACUCAGCAGCUGGACAACGGGUUUUCCCUUGAGACCAUUUAUGACUACAAGAUGGAUACUGUUCUGUCACCCCAAGAGCAGAAGACCGAUCUUAGAAUUAAAUCUAAAAUGAAUGAGCAUGCUUUGAUUCAGAGCAUAGAAGUUUACAAUACUGCAGAGAAAAUUGGAAUGGAGCUUUCUGGCACCAUCCUCACAAAUAUCAUGAACACAGGCUCCACUGAGAACCAGGAGUUCACCAUUUCUGGCUUUCUCAAAUAUGACAAAAACACAGACAGCCAUAUAAUUCACUUCCCUUUGAUUGAAAGUCUUCCUGUUUUCUUGGAGAGCAUCAAGGGAUUAGUUGUGUAUAUGGCAGAAGCUCUGCAAGACAUCAUCAACAACGAGGAUGUGAGGGCUAGACUUGAGUCCCUUUCCCAGCAUAUAGGUGGCUUAGCUGGUGAAAUAAAUCUGGAAGACAGUGUAGAUCAAUUGAAGCAAUUUAUCAGUGAUUUUUUCCAAAACUUUGAGGUCACAGCUGAGGAUGUGGAAGAAUUUUUGAAACGCCUAAAGAUGUCAUUAACGAAUGUAUUGAAAGACCUAAAUUUUUACCUUGAAAAUGUAGCUGGUGUGAUCACUGAUGCUAUUUAUGGAAAUACAUUUUAUAAAAGUCUCAGCCAAAAGAUAGAUGAAGUUGCGAAAGCCAUUGAUGACUUCAAACCAGUGGUUAUUGAUUGGAUUGAUACUAUAGAUGAGAAGAUCAAUCAGACUGACCUGGAAAAACUAAAAAGCAGCAAUUUUCAAUUACUAUAUGAGAUUGAAGUUCAGUAUCAGAUCAAAGCUAAAGUACAGAAUAUUAUAAAUUACGCCAGAGAAAAACUUGACAGUUUUGAUAUGGCUGAAUUUGUGAAACAGACAAGAGAAUUAAUUUCCUUUUUAAAACAAUUGCCUGUGUGGAUUGCUGAGAUACUUGUUUAUGAUAUUCCAAAAAAUUUAAUCCAUGAAAUAAUAGAAAAAGCUCAAAAGCUGACACACGAGCUGGACAUUGCUGGAAAAAUCAAUUAUGUAUAUGGCAACAUGAAAGUAUUGCUCGUAAAACUUGAGGCUGACAAAAAAGCUCAAGCUGUUUUGGAAAAAGCCGUGGACCUUAUCAAACAACUCAAAGUGGAGGAUAUCAUCCAUAACAUGGUUCAAAGUGUGAAGGAGGCAGAGAUUCUCAAAAACUUCCAACAAGCUAUUGAUUAUUUAAAAACAACUGAAAUCAAAGACAUCAUUGAACAACUGAACAUAUACAUUGAAACUUUGGUGCAAGAACUGAAGUCUCUAAAUUACAAUGACUUAGUGGAUCACUGCAAUCGAAUUAUUGCUGAGUACACAAACUUUGUGAACGAAAUCAUCAGGGCUUUUGAAAUCCCCAAGAAAUUUGAGGUAGCACGAGAAUUUGUCAAUGAAGUCCUGUCUUUGGUUCAAGGUUUAGUGGAACGUUUGAGAGAUGUAAAAACUGCAGAAAUUGUUAAUUCUGCAAAGGAUAUUUAUGAACAAGUUGUGUGUGAUUCCCUUAAGAGGAUUGCUGAAGUCAUGAAAAAAGAAAUAGAACAAGUCGACUUCAGAACAAUACCUGAGCUUUGUAUGGAGUUGGUGAGGUUCUGGUACACAGUGUCUGUAGGAGUAAUAGGAGAUUUAUUUCAGGGCAUUUUUAGGGAAGUUAUGUAUAUGUUGCCUGAUGUAAAGAUCUUUGAUGAGAUUGAAAAGAUCAUUGAUGCAGUUCUUGAUGAACUGAAUCAUAAACAAGUCAGUACACCAUCCUUCACAGUUCCUUUUACAAAUCUUGUUGUACCAUCGGUGAACGUCAAAUUACGUUGGUAUUCUGACAGAAUUCCAGAAAAUAUUGAUAUUCCAGAGUUCAUCAUCCUAGGCAGGUACACUGUACCAGCGACCACCAUUUCCUUUAAGGAUAUCAAUCAGAUAAUCAUCAAGUUUAUUGAUUUAAUUUUGAACUGUGAAAUCCAAGCAUUCGAUGCAGGUGCCUUCUUCGGAGAUCUGACUUUGAACUACCUCCCUAGCCUGCCUGAUCUAACUUUGCCAGAAUUCACUUUUUCCGAGGUUACAUUCCCAACUAUUCCACAACUACAUGUAGAUAAGCUUGUUAAGACCCUUGAGAUUCCUGAAAUUAAGCUGCCAGCCAUUCCAAAAGAGAUCACGGUUCCGUGCUUCGGUAAACUUUACGGCGAGAUUAAACUCCACACUCCCAUUUACACUGUCAAGACAUCUGCUGAGUUCCAGAACGCCACUCAGAACAGAAUGAUACCCCUGUUCACCGGAUCCUUCAAUUCGCAGGGCAUGGCUCCCAAUUUGGAAAUUUUCAAUUACAAGCUUGACACCAGUACUAGUAUUGCAGUCCCAAAACUGAAACGUAUUGUCUUUGCAGAGACUAUAAAGUUUGAUCAUGUUGCUCUUGGAGCUGAUCAUCAGGCAUCCGUGACUCUGUACGGUCUAUCAGCUCAAGCCCAAGCAAAAACCACCAUUAAAGUUAAUACUAAAUUUUACGCUGCCAAUUUGAUGAACACAGCCUUUAUUGCAAUAGAGGGAGGAAUGACUGCUACCAUUGAUACAACUUACACUCAUACAAUGCUCAAGCCAAUCAUUGAUGCCCCAGAUGAGGUUACUGUAACCCAAAAGCUAAUAGCUCAGCUAGAUGGCUUCACUUUCAAAUUAACAGCUGACAAUAAGGCAAAUGGAAAGUGUAAUGAUGUUGACCGUAUUGAGUGUUAUGGUACCAACCAUGAAAGCAAUUUGCAGCUGACACUAAUCCCCAGGACUGGCAGUCUGUCAUUUACUGGUGACACCAACCUUGCAAACCUAAAGAUGAAACAGCACAUUACGGCCGAAGCUGCCACUUUUAGCUACUUGAAGUUCAAUUUGCGCAAUCAGGCAGAAGGACCAGCAAUCAAGAACAGUCUCCUUGUGGCAUCUGGACUUGCCAGUAUUAAUGAUUUGAAGAUUGAGAUGAAAGCAAACCACGAGACAGAACUGCACAAUACAGAAAGUGGAGUCAGCUCCAACGUUUUCAACUUUAAAAUCUGUCCUGACGAAUUUAUCUUCGAGUUCCAAAACAAAGCUAACGCCAAGAUCAAUAUUUUCAAAGACUUGAAUGCCAAAAUAGAACUGCAGAAUGAUUACCUGGUUAACUUAAGUCCUGACGGCCAAAAGAUAAACAGAGUCUUUCUAGCUCGCCUCAAUGAGUACAAGAUGUUUUACAAUUUCACUCUCAAUAACAACAGAAAUGAAGCUGGCGUCUUUUUUCAAAUGGAGGGUCAAGCCGAUUUGUUUUUCAUAAAAAUUCCAAUCAACAUUCCUGAGGUUGAACUACCUCUUAUUGACUUCCGUACUCCAGCUUUUACUGAUCUGAACUUUUAUGAGCAGACUGGACUGCAGAACAUUUUGACUACAACUGAGCAAACUCUUUCUGUGGAUGCCAAGAUUCUUUACCAAAAAAGCAAGGCUGCCCCACAAGUUGAUUUAAUGGGUCUGAUUUACAUUCCCUAUAUGGGUAAAUUGAACACAGACCUAUCUUUUAAGUCUGCCAUGUUUAACCUGAAUACCAAUGCUGUGCUGUAUGCUGAAGAUGGCCUCAUCAUGCGCCUGGGAGCUAACACUGCCUCCGUGUUUGAUUAUCUUGUAGCCAAAGUUGAAGGCACAACCAGUCUGAUCACCAAAAGAGGAAUUAAGUUGGCCAGCUCCAUCUCCCUGAAAAACCAACACAUUGAGGGGACUUACGACAGCACCAUCAGUAUGAGCACAGAGACAUUUGAAACUGCUGUUUCCAUAGCUUCAUUGGGGAAGAUUGCACUGCCAAUAUUCAACCUGAAAGCAAGCCAAAAUCUGAUCGCAAACAACAAGCCCAAAGCCAAUGCUCUAUCUACCUUGAAAAUUGAAGGUGAUUUUAACAUUCCUGAGAUAAAUACUGUUGGAACGGUCGAAGCAGACCACAGUCUGAAGCUGGAAGUGAACUCUGAACAUGUUUCAGUGGAGUCUUCUGUUAUGUCCAACGUGAACGGCAAAGCGUUUGAAAACUAUCUAGUUCUAGGAGUCCUGGAUAAUAAAGUUAAUCUGUACCUAACUGAAAAUGGCUUCCGUUCAACUUCCGAAGUUACUGCCGAUGCCAAGCUCAACUAUGAAUCAACCAAAGUUAUCGGUAUGGACGUGAACAACAAAAUGGCCGCUGAAGCCUCCAUAGGUCACCUUUUCGCAGAGCUGAGGCACUCAUGCAACAACGAAGCAAACUUGUUCAAUUUCAAAACCAAAGGAAAGCACAACAUCAAGGCUACUGUUGACCUUGCACCAACCUCUUCAUUGACGGCUGAUAUGGAAAUGGAUAUGGCUCAACAAAGCAACUUUGGGGACCUAGCUUACUCUGAGAAAACUGCUGUUGAAGUGAACGCUUCUAAGCAGAAGAUCUCUUUUAUUAGCAAGUUUACUAGCCCGGUGUACACCACAAACACAGAAGCUGAAAUGGAGAAAAGUGUUCUUGUUGUCAAGACCAAAUACAAGUCCUCUGCCACUUCUCCAAUUGUAAUACUGGAAUAUGACUUGAAUGCUCACACAAACUAUGAGAAUGACCUCGGGAACAUGGUCAGCAAGAUUGAAUUGACUCAUUCUGAUUUCACCGUGGAUCUUAAUCAUGUCCUUGUUAGAGCUUCAAGGCAAAAGCGUCAAACUGAUGAAAGUGUCCCCCAUGAGACCUUGAAUGUUGACAUAACCAGUCCAAUUUUCACCAAUGUGAACCUUCGCUACAGCGCUCACAGAGACACUAUUAGCGCCUCAUUGUCUACACCAACAGCCGGGUUCCUUGGCCUUCAGCUUAAUUACAGAGACCCAUUUCAGAUGGGUGCAAGAUUCUAUGGACGAUAUCCUAGUGCUCUGGAGACUGAUGUUGACAUCUUGCAAGUCAGAACUUCUAAGAAUGCAGAUAAGACGGACUUGCAGAUUGUUUUUAAUAUGGAGGCUCCCAAGGCGGUGGCUUCUGAGCUCAAGACAAGACUACCCUCUAUCAUCUCUUCAUUUAGAAAAUUUGCUGACAAAUACCAAGUCACGGGGAGUGUUGUGCUACUGAAGGACUCCAUCAAUGAAUAUAUCAGUGAAGCCUACAAUGUUGCUGUCAACUAUGAUGCUCAAAUGAGUCAGAUUUCGAUUUUUUUCAGGAACACUGUUGUGCUGUACCAAAGAACGAUCCAGACCUUCCUUGAUGCUGUCAUGAAAGUCUUGAGAGAGACCCGCUUCAGAUUGCCCGGGUCUGAUGAGAUGAUUACUCUCCCUGAGCUCAUAAAGAGGCUGACCAACAGCAUCGCUGAUAUGCUGGAUGUAACCAUUCAGAUCAUCUAUCGGAAUCUGGAGGUGUACUUCAACUAUCUUGUAGAGCAGAUAGGCAAUGUUGAAAUCGCAAUGUACGAUGGUGAGAUGAUUACCGGUAAACAAAUAAUGAAAGAGGUCAAAACUGAGGUUAAAGAGGUGUUUGAGGAAGUGGUGGAAUUUUGGAAAGAUAUGGAAAGUCUUGACGCGCUGCUGGAAGAGACAGGCGAUACUCUGGAGGUAAUUGUUGAGAAUACUCAGGAGUUUGUUGAUUCUCUCAAGUCUGACCAUUUAGAGGCAGUUCUCACCGACAUUAACGAGCUCUACCGCCAGGCCGUCACAGCUGUCAGGAAACUGCUCGACCAGAUGCCUCAUUUCAGCAUGGAGGAGCUCAGCAGUGUGUGUGAGUCCAUCAUGAACAACAUCAUUCAACUCAUAGACCAGUUCAAUGAGGAUGUUUCUGGUUAUCUGCAACAAACUUCAGAGGAAGUCCAAGCCCGCAUGACAGUGAGAGACGGAAAGCUUGAGAUUACCAUUCCACUUGAUUUCCAGCAUUAAGCAGGCCUCAUGGACUGAGAAAUAAGUCCACAUGACAUGUUACCGUUUGUUCAGGACAGAUAAAAGAUGUGGACAAUUUAACUAUUUAUCGCAAUGUGUUUGAUGGAAACUCAUGUUUCUGGUUUAAUUGCGAAUCUUCUGCACCAACACUGAAUUUGUAAUAUUUUACUGGGACUCAUAUUCCAGUCAAGAGUGACAAGUUUGAAUAAAUGUCAUUAAGACAAU